ACCUCUGGCAGUGCCUGUUACUAUGUGCCAUCUUCUAGUCGAGUGGAUAUCCUCUCGAGGAUCUGUGAUUGUGCUGUCGGAAUGCAGAUGGUGUGUUCUGAAUGACUUUUGCCAAUGAAUGCCAGUCCACCUGCCAGGAUGCCAAGGCUUUUUGUCCUUUCUCAGCACAGUCGAGUCCUACUGGUCUGAAGUAGCCUUGACAACAUUAGUGGGAACAUUGCAGCCAGCUUUCUGGUGGCACUCCCUUCUCUACCCACCUGUCCACUGUGACCUUUUCAUCCUGAGGUGACUUGAGCUGCGCCUGCAACUUUGAGAAGGGCCAGCAAGUGGCAGUAGAGUCCCUAAGGGUCACUGAAGUGUUUUGAACCCUUGGCACACUGCUAGGUGUAGAGGUGGCAGUGGAGUUGGUACUCCAUUAUUGGGUUUGUUCCCCACUUGUACUGCUGGGAUUGGCAUUGUGACCCUCUGUGGGACAUGCAGGCUGUAAAGUGAAUGGAUGAAGUGGUGGCCAUCGGCCAUCAAAGAGGGCGGCCACCUGAAGGUGACCAGUGACUGACACUUUCUUAUGUACAGCACGCACACAUUUGCCAGGUUGGUGUCCUGUUAGCCCAGCCAGCUGACCCGUCCUUGUCCUCGCUGCUCUCUCCUUGGCCACAACAAUGAGACAAUCCGCCCGUCUGGACGUGGCACCUUCACUGUCGCUGUGUGACAAUGGUCUGUCCCAAAUCCUGGCCAUGGUGGUGGAGGAGGUCCGUCAGUCAGUCAACCGCGACAUAAAUGGGGCAGCCCUGCUCUACAGCCUGCUCAAUGCCCCCUGGCUUCAGUCCUUGCUCAAGGUCUACGAGUGUCUGCAGCUGCAGCGGACGAUGAGACCCCCUGCUGUCCUGAAUGCUGCCCUGCCACUCACACGGGAGGUGGUUAUGGACUUGAGGCUGGUGCCCACAUCGCCCGAUGUCCGAGAGCUUCAGAGGCUACUGAUGAGUCCACACCUGCAGGCGCUGCUUUUAGCCCAUGACAUGGUGGCACAGAAAGACUAUGAGCCCGUCCUGCCACCCUUACCGUGCAACCUGCCAGAGGACGAGGAAGCCAUGAGGAUUGUGUGUCUCGUGAAGAACAAGCAACCUCUGGGCGCUACAAUCAAGAGAAACGAGGUAACAGGGGAUAUCGUGGUUGCCCGGAUCAUCCAUGGGGGUCUGGCAGAUCGGAGUGGGCUGCUACACGCUGGAGACACACUGGUGGAAGUGAAUGGCGUCGGCGUGGAUGGCUUGGACCCCGAGCAGGUCAUCCAGAUCCUGGCCCAGUCUCAGGGAACCAUCGUCUUUAAGCUCAUCCCCAUCUCUGACCGCCCGGUUUCCAGUCAGACAAUGCUAUACGUACGGGCCAUGGCCAGCUACUGCCCCCAGCAGGACCCCGCUAUCCCCUGUGCCGACGCCGGAGUGCCCUUCCGUAAAGGGGACAUUCUGGAGGUGGUGGACCAGACGGACAUGUUAUGGUGGCAGGCCAGGAAGUUGUCGGACCACUCGACUUGCGCGGGCCUCAUCCCGUCCAGCAACCUUCUGCGCAGAAAGCAGCGCGAGUUCUGGUGGUCUCAGCCGUUACAGCCCCACACGUGUAUGAAAAGCAUCAGCCCGGUGGAAGAAGAAGAUGACUCCCUGCCCAUCGAUGAGAGAUGCGUAGAGACAGAUGAAGAAGCCUUUGAAUCCGAGGAGCUCCAAGAAGAAGAUGACGAGUUUAACGGAUUCAAUCGCGGAGUCUACAUCGCCGGAUUCCACCGGAGCUUGCGUCUCUGCCGCAGGAAGUCCCAGAGCAGCCACCAGCCCUGCUACAUCCGCUGCCCGGCCAGCUGCUACAGUGCCGUGGCAUCACCGUAUGAGGAGGUGGUCCGGUACCAGCGACACCCCGAAGACCGAUAUCGGCUCAUUGUGCUCGUGGGGCCAUCUGGCGUGGGUGUGAACGAGCUGCGGAGACGGCUCAUCGAAAUCAACCCCCAAACGUUCCAGGGUCCCGUUCCACAUACAACUCGCCCGCCUAAGAGUUACGAAGAGAUGGGAAGGGAGUACCACUUUGUGCCCAGGGAGACGUUUGAGCAGAUGGUCUACAAUCACAGGUUCCUGGAGUUUGGCCAAUACAAAGGUAACUGGUAUGGGACCAGCGUGGAGGCGGUGAAGGUGGUCCUGGACAGCAGGAAGAUCUGCAUCAUUGACCUGGAGCCGCAGGCGAUCCAAGGCAUGCGGACCCACGAGCUCAAGCCCUACAUCAUCUUCAUCAAGCCCCCCAGCAUCAGCCAGAUGAGGCAGACGAGGAGGAGUGCCCGAAUCGUCACUGAGUAUUACACCCACCGGCCUUUCAAGGAGGAAGACCUGCAGGAGAUGGAGGAGGCGGCCAGGAGGGCAGAGAGCCAGUACUGCCAGUUCUUCGACCACGUCCUCGUCAACGAGACCCUGCAGAAUGCCUGCGUGCACCUGCUCACCGCUGUCCGCCGGGCACAGGAUGAGCCACAGUGGGUGCCCGCCUCUUGGCUACGGCCAGAGUCUCAGUCGUGACUCGUCCCACCCCUGGCAUCCCCUCUGACUGUCUGGUAGGCAAUAAAGGAAAGAGCAGAGUGA